CGCUGAGGGCCCGGGGCAGAGGUGCCUGUGGGAACUUCGCAGCGUCUCUGAACAAAGCCUUCGGUCGCUUUUAUUUCCGCCCCGCACUUGCCUGGCUCGGGCGGAUUUUGUUCCUCUACGGGGAUACAGCCCUGCAGCCGUCGCUUUGUGCGCCCUCGUCCUGCCCCAGCCAUGGUGAUGUUCAAGAAGGUGAAGAGCUUCGCGGUGGCCUUCAGCGAGCCCGACAAGGUCUACUGCAGCGGGGACAAGGUGGCUGGGCGCGUGCUGGUGGAGGUGGCCGAGGUGACCCGUGUCAGCGCCGUCAAGGUGUUGGCGUGCGGCGUGGCCAGGGUGACCUGGGCCAAGGGCCCGGCGCAGUGCCGGCAGGAGAUGGAGUACCUGCGCUUCGAGGACGUGCUGGCGCUUGAGGAGCAGCCCACGGAUGAGGACGGCUCCGUCAUCCUGAGACCCGGCAACAAGUACGAGUACAAAUUCGGCUUCGAGCUGCCCCAGGGGCCGCUGGGCACCACGUUCAAGGGGAAGUACGGCUCCGUGGAUUACUGGGUGAAGGCGUCCCUGGAGCGUCCGGCCUGCCCCACGCAGCAGGUCAAGAAACGCUUCGAGGUGAUGGAUCCCGUGGAUGUGAACACCCCGGAAUUGCUGUCUCCAGUUGCAGCCAAAAAGGAGAAGAAAGUGUCGUGUAUGUUCAUCCCCGAUGGCCGCGUGUCUGUCAGCGCCCAGAUCGACAGGAAGGGCUUCUGUGAAGGCGACGAGAUCUGCAUCAACGCCGACUUUGAGAACACCUGCUCGCGCAUCGUGGUGCCCAAGGCGGCCAUCGUGGCCAAGCACACCUACCUGGCCAACGGCCAGACCAAGGUCUUCUGCCAGAAGCUCUCCUGCGUCCGUGGCAAUCACAUCAUCUCUGGUACCUCGGAAUCCUGGCGCGGCAAAACCAUCCGCGUGCGGAAGCUCAAGCCCUCUAUCCUGGGCUGCAACAUCCUGCGUGUGGAGUAUUUCCUGCAGAUCUACGUCAGCGUGCCGGGCUCCAAGAAAAUCAUCCUGGAGCUGCCGCUGGUCAUCGGGAGUCGCUCUGGCAUCGGGAGCCGCAGCUCCAGCAUGGCCAGUCAGACCAGUUCUGAGAUGAGCUGGGUGGACCUGAACCUCCCAGAUGCUCCAGAGGCUCCCCCGUGCUACCUGGACAUCGUUCCCGAGGAUCACCGGCUGGAAAGCCCCACCACGCCCCUGCUGGACGAUCCCGAUGGAUUUGACAGCCCCAUCUUCAUGUACGCUCCGGAGUUCAAGUUCAUGCCUCCCCCCACCUACACGGAGGUGAGCCCGGCAGCGGCACGGGAGGGGCCAGGUGGAUCUGGGAUCACCUGCCUGGAUCCCUCACCCGCCUCCUGCUCCGUCGCCCAGGUGGAUCCCUGCGUCGCCAACAACAACAACAACAACAACAACGUCCAGUGAACAGCACGCCUGGGGUGUGCCACACACCUGCAGCACAUCUGGCCAGUACACCUGGAGGGGACACUGUGCUCCCGAGGAACCGCCGCGUUCCCGAGGAACCCGCGCUGCUCCAGGGCCGUCCCCGACCUCUCGAGGGAAAAACUCCCUUUGCUCUGAGCUGGCAGGAAACCCUCAAGGACUUGUGGAGGGGGAGACAAGGGCAGAUCCAGCUGGAAAAGAGGCGGAAAAGCUCGGCUGUCGGGACGCACGCUGCCUGUCCUUGCUCUGUCGUGACAUGUGGCGACAGGAAAUGGUGGUUUUGACUAAUUCCAUCCUAAUUUGACUCCUGGGUGCUGCUCUGGCUGCCCUGCGCUCCCGCCGAGGGAGGGGGGACACUGUGACAUCAUGAAUCCGUCCUGUCGUGACACAAAGCUUGAUGUCGUGACCUUUUGUACUCUUCGGUUUUGUACAUAGUAUUUGAGCGGGGGGGGGGAAGCACAAAAAUGCAAAUUUUGUACCUUUUUUGUGGCCCCUGGGGGGCAAAAUUUGUAAUAAACAAAUGAAACGGUGCCUGGA